UUGAAGUUUAACACACAGCUCAGAAUCUGAGAAAAAAGAAAAAGAAAAAAAUACAAAGAAAAAAUUUCCAUUUUUUUUAUUUAAAAAACCGCUGAUAAAUAGAAGAACUAAGAAAUCAAAAGAAAUAAAGCAAGGGUUGAAUCGAUCUACACUCUCUUAUCAAAGCUUUGAUCUUUUUGUUUUAAAGCCAUUUAAUUUCAUUGCUAGGAUGAUUUAACGCCGGGGGGAUGGUUUUUUGUAUGUGGAUAUGCAUGGUAGGCUUUGUUCAUUUGUGGGGAUUCUGACGGUUCUUCGAGUUAUUGGGUUGGCAUUUUAGAUAUUUGAUUUGAUAUACAUGCCAACACAGUUUGUGGUUGGAUAAUGGCUGUUGAGGCUCCUUCCAAACAUGUUUAUGACUAUGAUGAUGAGGAUGACGAUGGGCCCGUAGUUUUCAAGAGGAGUAAUACCUCGUCCUCUAAGCAAAAUCAGUUAAACUCAGAAGUAAAGAAGGCAUCAUCUCAAAGGUCUGAUGGACAGUCUGGGAGACAGGCCUCCAGUGUACAAGCUCCUAAUGGUCAAAAUUCCGUUGCCUGGACCAACAAGUCAAUCCUGCCGUCUAAGUCACCUCCCACCAGAUCACCUAUUUUGAGCCCGAAAUCAUCUAAUUCAUCCGCCAAGGCAUCACCAGUGAGGUCACCAGUGGUUAGUUCUAAGGCAUCGACUUCAUUAAGUGAUCAGUCAAAACAAGCAUUGAAGCAGAAUAAGUUUACUGCUGUCAAGGAAGAGAAAAGGCUGAUUAAAUGUACUGAUGAAACAAACAGCGAUGAAGACGACGAUGACUCAAAACCUUUGAGUGCAAGGCUUAAGGGGAUCUCAAGCCAGGGCAAUAAAGGGGUGAGCACUUCAACUCCUGCCCAGUCACAGCGAUUGGUACCAAAAAUUGAGGUAAAAGGAUCUGCUGAAGAUCCAGAUGAUGAUGCUCCUUUGUCUGCGAGGUUCAGCAUGAAGUCCAAUACUGGGACAUCGAGCAGUAAGCCAUAUGGAUCUCAUGAGAAGAAACCUCUGCCUUCUAAAAUUCAGCAGAAUGGUUCUAUCAUGAAGGACAAGCAGCAAAAGUGUUCCGUGUUAUCAGAUAAGAGACCUCUUGAUAAAGGCAAUUCAUCAGAUCAGUCUUAUGCUAAGAAGCCAAAGAUUUCAGAUACUCCUACAACGAUGAAAACCAAGCAAGUUACUGUGAAAGCAGAAAAAGAUGAUGAAGAUGAUCAUAUUCCAAUUUCCCAACGGAUAAAAAAGUCGGUUUCAUCAGUCAGUAAAACAUCAUCCGUGAAGCAAAAGGCAACCAAGGUUGUAUCUUCAUCAUUUAAAAAGAUAAAUAAGUCGAAGAAAGAUAUGAAAAAAUCUAAAUAUAGCAAGUCAACAAAGCUGUCGCCUAGUUCUGGUGAUGGACAGAAAAAAUGGAGUACCUUGGUUCACAAUGGUGUCAUAUUCCCUCCUCCAUACAAGCCUCAUGGGGUUAAGAUGCUAUAUGAUGGGCAACCAGUGGAUCUAACUCCUGAACAAGAGGAGGUGGCAACAAUGUUUGCGGUAAUGCAAGAGACCGAUUACAUGAGUAAACCACAGUUCAAGAAGAAUUUCUGGGAGGAUUGGAGUAAAUUACUGGGUAGAAACCAUGUCAUUAAGAGCUUGGACAAAUGUGAUUUCACUCCAAUCUAUGAGUGGCAUUUGCAGGAGAAAGAGAAGAAGAAACAAAUGAGUUCUGAAGAGAAGAAGGCUUUGAAAGAAGAAAAGUUGAAGCAGGAGGAAAAGUAUAUGUGGGCUAUUGUAGAUGGUGUCAAAGAGAAGGUAGGAAAUUUCAGAGUUGAACCACCUGGACUUUUCCGAGGUCGAGGAGAGCAUCCCAAGAUGGGAAAGUUGAAAAGACGUAUUCGUCCAUGUGACAUUACCAUUAAUAUCGGAAAGGAUGCCCCAAUUCCAGAAUGUCCAAUCCCUGGUGAAAGAUGGAAAGAUAUAAAACAUGACAAUACUGUUACAUGGUUAGCUUUCUGGAAUGAUCCCAUUAAUCCAAAAGAAUUCAAAUAUGUAUUUUUGGCUGCUAGCAGUUCUUUGAAAGGGCAAAGUGACAAGGAGAAAUAUGAGAAAGCAAGGCUGCUGAAGGACUAUAUCAAGAACAUCAGAGCAGCAUAUACGAAGGAUUUUACAGCAAAAGAUGUUACAAAGAGGCAAAUAGCAGUUGCUACCUAUCUAAUUGACAAAUUAGCUCUUAGGGCGGGUAAUGAGAAGGAUGAUGAUGAAGCUGAUACCGUUGGUUGUUGCACGCUUAAAGUAGGAAAUGUGGAAUGUAUUCCUCCAAAUAAAUUGAAGUUUGACUUCCUCGGUAAAGAUUCGAUCCAAUACGUGAACACGGUAGAGGUUGAGCUUCCUGUAUACAAGGCAAUUGGACAGUUUCAAACUAGGAAAAGCAAAAGUGAUGAUCUUUUUGAUGAGCUUGAUACGAGUAAACUAAAUGCUCAUUUGAAGGAACUCAUGCCUGGUCUUACAGCGAAAGUCUUCCGUACCUAUAAUGCUUCCAUUACAUUGGACGAUAUGUUAAAUCAAGAAACCGAAGAUGGUGAUGUAGCAGAAAAAGUAGUAAUUUAUCAGCGUGCAAACAAGGAGGUUGCAAUCAUUUGUAAUCAUCAGCGCAGUAUCUCAAAAUCUCAUAGUGCGCAAAUGUCAAGGUUGACCGAGAAAAUAACAGAACUCAAGGGUGUUCUAAAAGAGCUAAAAACUGAUUUGGACAGGGCUAAGAAAGGGAAGCCGCCAUUGAAGGAUGCUGAUGGGAAGCAGAAGAGGAACUUGACCCCUGAAGCGAUAGAGAAAAAGAUAGCUCAAACAAAUGUAAAGAUUGAGAAGAUGGAACGGGACAUGCAGACUAAAGAGGAUCUAAAAACUGUAGCACUGGGCACAUCCAAAAUCAAUUACCUUGACCCUCGAAUCACGGUUGCAUGGUGCAAGCGGCAUGAAGUUCCCAUCGAGAAGAUAUUCAACAAGUCACUUCUGGCAAAGUUUGCUUGGGCAAUGGAUGUGGAUCCGGAUUUCAGAUUCUAAUCAUCCGUAACGAGAACCAGGUUGGCGCCAUUAAAUUCUUACUCCGACCUACCAGUCCCCAGGAAAAAAAAAGGGGGGGAGAAAGGAACAACCAAAACUCCCCUCUUUGUUGAAAUGAUGAUCCAUUUUUCCAUAUGUUUUUUUUUUUUGUCGGUUUUAGAGGGAAAAAUUCAUGUUAUAUGUCGAUCUAAUCUAAUCAAAGGGCUGGUUGGCCCAUUUCUUUUAUCCAUCCCUGUUGCUAAAGAAAUUGUUUGCUUUUUCAACAUUCCCUACUAACUGUUAAAUGUCGAACUGGAUAUACAUUGAACAAUGUUUCAUAAACAGAGUUAAAUUUUAUACAUUUGCUCCCUUUUUCUUCUUA